AACACUGGAGUCUGCAUCGCAGAUCUGACAAAUAACAAUAUCUUGUCGUUUACAAUUUACAACGCAUUCAUUUCGAGACGUAAUAUAAAACGAGAAUUUAUUGCUAAACUUCAUUAUAACAUAUUACACUUUAUUCUUCGAUACCUUAAUUUGCCUAAAACGAACAAUAUGGACAGAGAAGACGGGGAAAUGAGCGAUGAUAAUACCAUGGUUGUAGAUGAAGAUGUGAAAGAUACUGUUUUAGAAACUGAACCUUCGACAUUGGUUAUUAUAUAAGACAGAAAAAAUGGGUUAGUAAUAAAAAAGUUGGAGAAAGUUGAUGCCAUUAAAUUAGAAGAAAGAGCUAGAAGGUUUGGAUUAAACCUCACUGGCAACAGAGUAAUUACCCAAAAACAAAUUGAUGACUUGUAUGAAAAUUUUGGUAUAGAAAUUGGAAAUGAAAGACAUUUCCGUUUUGAUUCAAUUCAUUUAAGUGGUAUUGAUGGUCUUACUACGAAAGAAAUUUUUCAAUAUUUAGAAGAUUAUAAGCCUUUAUCUCUAGAAUGGAUUGACAAUACCUCCUGUAAUGUGGUCUGUCAGGAUCACAUAUCAGCUGCUUUGGCCUUGUUAGCACAUUCUCGAGAAAUUAAUGAUCAACAUUUGAAAGAGACACUUGUUGAAAAAUCUAAUUAUCAUUGGAGAGAAGGUGUACCACAUCCAAGGAAAGAUUUGAUAUUUAUGCGCUUUGCAACUAAUGGUGACAAAAAAAUUGUUAAAAAGAAAAAUGAAAAUAAGAGUUAUGUUGAAUAUUAUGACCGUGAAUUUGAUUCUGCUAGUAAGAACCCUUGGGGUGAUCUAUGUAAAUCUUGGGGUGUUUAUGAUCAUCAAGAGGUGUUUGGGACUAAAUAUGUAAAGCAUGACUAUGAAGAUGAAAUAGAACAACCAGAGAAAAUAAUUCCAAUUAAAAAUAAAAGGAUAGCAAUGAGGUUGGGCAAAAGACCUCACAGUGUGAAUUAUAAUUACACUGAUGAUGACAGUAAUUCAGAUUCUGAAUGGAUAUCAAAAUCUAAGACGCCAAGAAUGCGUAUGCAUGCUGAUGAUGAAGAGAAAAAGCAAAAACAAAAAUAUGUUUCAAAUCUGCCUAAAGAAGAGUAUACAGAUAAAUUUGCUCCUUUAUCUAUAGAAGUUAUUAACAACCAGAGUCACUACUCACAUAGAGAGACAACAAAAUUAUCAGAUAAAUUUAAAUAUCACAAUAAACCGGAGAAAAGCCAAAACAUACAAUCUCGAUUAGGUGAAAGAAUUUUACCCGAUGAAGACGCUUCGUCUAGUGAUGAUUCAUCGCCUAAAAACCUUUAUUAUAGCAAUAUUAUGAGUAAAGUACAAAAGGUUCGUAGCAAAAAUAAUGAGGAUAAUAGCAUUUGGUCUAGGUUAGAAGAUGCACCGAGUAGUACUGCUGGAGCAGGAAGUGAUUUGAGACAAAUAAUCAAAUCAAGAAAACAAAAGAAACCUGAUGACCUUCGAGAAAGACUAAGUAAAUCAAAACAGUCUAACUUGCGUAUUGAAAUUGACAAUAAUUAGAGUAAAAACAAUUCCUAUGCAAAACAAAUUAAGUUUAUUACUAUACAUAGUUAAACAAUAUUACUUUUAAUAAGAAAAUCACAUCAUAUUCACAUUAUUAUUUGAGUAUUUUUAAAAAUGAGAAAUGAUUUAACUUUAAGCUGAAAAUUAAAUAAGCAAAACAGCUUUUUAAAUCAACUAAAAUAAUGAUGAAAUGAAUUUGCUCAUAUCUUAGUUUAUACCAUAUUUUUGGUUGAUCUUAUACUGAAGGGAACACAAUCAACUAAAAUGCCUGGUAUUUAAAUAUUAUGUGAAACAUUUAGUUUACAUGAAAUAAAACAAUCAUAUAUGAAAA